GACAGCAGUUAUUAUUGUGCGCGCACCAGUCUUUCAGGAAUAAGUGUACCGAGGUUCUUCAUCAUCAUCAACAUGCCCAACAACCACAGAGGGAACGACCAGCUUGGUGACUACUCUAGAGUCCCAGCUAAGCUUCCGGAAGAUGAGUCUUCAGAAGUUCUUCUUUCUUCAUCUCCCUCCUCCAAGGCCAAAAUGAGAAAAUUUUCCACGGAUUCUCAUUCUGGCAACGAGGAACAAAGUCUUUCUGCAUCGCAAAAUCUUGAUAUUAAAAUGAAGAACAAGAACUUGUUGAGGAUUUGGAACAAAACUGAAACAGUCUACGAGAUCGAAAAAAAAAUAAAAGAACCAGGAAAACUAAGGACAAUCUUGAAAACUUUACGCUACGCGAAGAGGAAGGACAAGAUUAAUCUGAUGCUGAGUGUCUUCUUGGCCAUCAGUGUCGGUUUCAUUGGCCCAUUCAACACUUACGCAUUUCAUACACCGGUUCUAACUGUAUUCAUUAAAUCUGAGACUGUAGGGAAUCCUUAUAAUAUUAAUAUGACUGAGGAGAUUCCUAUGAUAUCAACGAUGGGUUAUGGAUACCUCUUGAGUGCAGGAGUCACAAUCAUACUUGGUAUAGCUGAGAUCAUGGCUUGUGAGUUAGCUGCUCGUAACAUAAUGGCCAGAGUUAAGACAGCCUACUUAUCAAAGAUGCUGUCUAUGGAGAUUGGCUGGUAUGAUAAAUCAGAAGAACAGUUUGUGAAUACUGUGGUACAUGACUUACAGAAGAUGGUGAUCUUAUUUGAUAGUAAAAUGAUUAAUAUAAUAGAAAUGUUUUCAUCAUUAAUUUUCGGUUGCUUUUUUGCUCUGCUUCUUUCAUGGAAGGUUGCACUUUUUACACUUGGAACGAUUUCAAUAUUUAUCACCAUCAUAUACUCCAUACUGCAAGCAUCAAAAACAAAGGAAAAAUCACAGCAACAGUACAUUAGUAAUUGUACGAAAAUUACUUCUGAGGUACUUGGAAAUGCAUGUACAGUUGCCGCAUAUGGUGGUGAAUAUAAAGAAAUUGAAAGGUUCAACAACACAUUGAAGAUGGUGAAUAAGAUUGAAUUAGAACAUACAGCAGUGACCUCUGCAGCAAAAGCACUCAACUAUUUCGCUUUAUGUAUUUGCUAUAUGGCCACCUAUUACUUGUCCGUAAAGCUGUAUCUCUUUGGCAAUUUCAAUCCUGGCGCUUUAGCAGUUCUUUUACCAGCACAAAGUAGUGCUGUAUACUAUAGCACAUACUUGCUCAGUGUUAUUACUGAUCUCAAUAUGGCAAUGGAUUCAGCAUACAGAGUUAUGAGGUUUCUUGAUACUGAGACCAGCUAUAACAAAUCAAUCAAACAAGGCAUCAAACCUGACACAUUUAAGGCUGAUGUCUCUUUCAGAAACGUUCAGUUCUCCUACCCAACAAACUUACAAACAAAGGCGCUCCAAGAUCUAACAUUGGAUAUUGAGCUUGGUAAAGUCACAGCAGUUGUAGGAACUAGUGGUGCCGGGAAAAGUACAAUUGUAAACCUGAUUUCUCGCCUUUAUGAUGUUAAUGAUGGACAGAUCCUAAUCGGAGGAGUGGAUAUAAAGACAUUGAAUGUCGGUUGGCUGAGAAAUCAUAUUGGUGUUGUGAGGCAAGAACCUACGCUCUUCGAUACUACGAUAGAAGAGAACAUAAGAUAUGGAAAAACCAAUGCAUCUUUGGAAGAGAUCAUGGAAGCAGCAAAGAUUUCGUAUGCUCACAGCUUUAUAGAGAAACUGCCUUCAGGCUAUGAUUCAAUUGUUGGAGAAAGAGGUAUAAAACUUUCUGGAGGUCAGAAACAGAGGAUUGCCAUUGCAAGAGCCAUCGUCAGGAAACCAAAACUGCUUCUUCUUGAUGAAGCCACUUCUGCGCUUGAUUAUCAUUCAGAGGGUAUUGUAAAAGAAGCGCUUGAUAAUGCCAUGCGUGGCAGGACAACCUUGAUCAUUGCUCACAGAAUGUCCACCGUGAGGAACGCUGAUGUUAUAUAUGCUAUAAAAGAAGGGCGCGUCGUUGAAAAAGGCUCACACAGUGAACUGAUGGAACUUAAAGGAUAUUACUACUCUUUAGUUAAGAUUCAAGAACUUGAAGAAAAAGACAAAGCUGUAGCACUAAACCAAAAAAUUGAUACUAAAGAAGAAUUGAUAAACGAAGCCAAAACACCCGCUGAAGAACAUUUGGAGGUGUCCCAGAACAACGAAAUACAUUGGCUGAGAGUGAUAAAACCCAAAGUAAUUUUUCUGUGGUUCUUGGCCGUUUUUUUUACUGUCAUUACUUCAACAUUUCUUCCAAUUUUUUUUCAUAUAUUUGGCCUGCUUUGCAAGUCUUUCACGUACAGUAAAGAUGAAGUGAGUCAGAUUGCUUUGAUAGAUGUUACUUAUCUCCUUGGAUUGGGCAUCACAGCUUUUUUCUCAGUGGUUCUGACAGGUGUGACAUCAACAAUUUCCACUCAAUUAUGGAUGGCGAAAUUGCAGACAAAAACUUUUAGUAAAAUAGUUUCUAUGGACAUAAGUUGGUUUGACCGAAAAGGAAACUCUCCUAACGAAUGCCUUGAAAUAUUGACCAACAGUCCACCGCUCAUCAAAUCUGUGACAGGAGACAGGGCCGCUCAAGUUAUCAUCUUCGUGCUUUCGAUGCUGUUUGGCGUUGUCUAUUCGUUCCUGGUCAGUGCCAGAAUCACAAUGGCUAAUGUUCCAAUCUUCAUUGUCUUCUUUAUCAUCAACUAUUGUAGAAUUAAGUCGAGAAAAGCUGACGCUAAGUCUGCCUCCAUCUUAACCAGGUCGACUAAGAUAGCUACUGAAUAUGUUCAAAGUGUCAGAACAAUUCAAAUUCUUAACUGUCAGAAGCAUGUAGUAAACGGGUAUCAGGAUAUGCUGGUUCGUGCUAAAAAGGAAGCAUUCUUAAGUAUUGGAUGGUUUGCAGCUGUUUAUACCUUUUCUGGAGCGUUGAUACGAUUGUCGAUGGGCGUGUUAUUUGUUUAUGGAGCCCAUCUAAUUGCGAAUGGUAGUGUUAAAGGAACAUCGCUUGUUGGGGUUAUAUUUACAUUAAUCUCGGUCGCUUCGCUGACUGGGCCUGCCUUGAUUUUGAUGAGCCAGUACCCAGCAGCCAGGCAAGCGGUAAAUCAACUCUACAGAAUCGCCAAUACAAAGACCAUUCUCAAUACUUUGACAGAUCAGGGAAUUAAACCGGAAAUAAGUGGAAACAUUGAAUUCCAAGAUGUAAUGUUCUCUUAUCCGACAAGAAAAACAGUUGAAGUUCUCAAAAAGCUGAACCUCAAGAUCGAAGCAGGGAAGACUGUAGCACUAGUAGGAGACUCUGGUUGUGGGAAAACGACUAUUGUCUCACUUCUUGAGAGGUUCUAUCUUCCCAAUGAAGGGAAAAUAUUAAUCGACGGUAACGAUAUCAAUGAUAUAAAUGUCAGAUAUUUAAGAAGUCAGAUGGGUCUCGUUUCGCAAGAGCCAGUCUUAUUUGAUAUGACAAUAAAGGAAAAUAUUCUUUAUGGUUUAGAAGAGGAAAUCACAAUGGAUAAGGUCAUCGAAGCUGCGAAAAUAGCGAACAUCCACGACUUUAUAAUGAACUAUCCCAAGGCUUACGAUACUUCAGUCGGAGAAAGAGGUUCGAAGUUAUCAGGUGGGCAGAAGCAGAGGAUCGCCAUUGCUAGAGCUGUCCUCAGGAACCCCAAGAUAUUACUUCUAGACGAGGCUACAUCUGCGUUGGAUACAGAAAAUGAGAAGAUGGUGCAGGAAGCUCUGGAGAACGCCUCUGUCGGUAGGACCACUAUCGUGAUAGCUCACAGACUGUCGACGAUUCGUAAGGCAGACAAGAUAGUGGUCAUCCAGUCUGGUGCGGUAGUAGAGGAAGGGGACCACGAACAGCUGAUGGAGAGCAGAGGCCACUAUUACCAUCUGCUUAGUAGAUAAUUCAUCAGCUGUGUCGGAACAGACAGCAUUGUUAAUUAUAUUUAAAAUAGUGGGAUGAUGGUUGACUGGUGAAUAAUUGAAGACGAUCAGUCAAAAUGAAAUUGUAAAAAUAAAUAAUUGUAUUUAUUUUCACAUUCGCCGUAAUUAUAUUUAAAUUGAUUGCACAUAAUGUAAAUAUUUCAUCUUAUCAAGCUAUUCAAUUUUAGUAUUAAACUAAUUUUAUGAAAUGAGAAGGAGUUCGUCUAGGGUACGGUAAAUUAAAUACUAUCAUACCACUAUAAUUUUAUGAAACAUUCCUCGCAUAGACCGGGUCAUGUACCUAUUCAAAAUAUUGUAAUUUUUUUUUUUUUUUAACGGCAUAUUUUAUACCAUGUAUUAGAUUGGAGUGGACUCAAUUAAAGAUAUAUUAGCUUCGCUUUAUAGUUUAAAAAAAAAUAUAAAUUGAUGACUUAUAUCAUGUAUUGAAAUAUUUUUAUAAAUUGACAGUAUUCAUAUUUUUCCUGUAAUUAAUUUGUUCAUUGUUAUCAUUAUAGCCAACUCUAUUUGUAUGGGGCAUUCCCCCAAAACAAAUAAAUAAAGUAAAAAUAAAUAAAUAUUUUUCCUGUAGUAUAGAAGAUCUACUAUAUACCUAUAAGUAAAUAACUUACUUCGCAAAUCCAGAAAAAAAAUAAUAAAAUUUUAUAGAAAAAAAAAAUAUUAAUUAUUAGAAUAGAAUAGGAUGGAUAAAAAAAAAUAGAAAACAGAUUUUACUAUGGAACGAAAUUUCUGAAGAAUGACAAGAGUUAAACAGAAAAAAAAAAAUUACUUCUGGUCAGGUCUAUUACAUUAUAUCAAUGAGAAAUGAUAACAAAUUAUUGUAGUUUAGCAAUAAAAUAAUCGAAAAGAAAAUGAACUCCUGUAAUAACUGAGAACCUUGUCUCCAAUAACUAAAAUUACAGAAAAUAAAAACUGGCGUAAGCUAAAAAUAUAUAUAAAACAACUGAAACUAUGUAUAAGUUACUUAAAACUAUAAACAAUAAAAAAAAAAAUACAAUGAAAAAAUUCUCUAAUGGAUGAGCGCUGUGUCACCAAUGAAUAAAAUAAAGUACAGUUAAUAAAUUUUUAAAUACAUCUAAAUAGCCGUACAUUAAAGAGGCCAAUAAUGAAAAAUAAAAAUAAACAUUUAUGCGCUGUAUAGUAUUACACAUAUAUUUUAAAUAUUUAUAUACAGAGCC